AUGCCUCCUACAUGGUUUCCUCCUACAUGGUGGCAUUUUUAUCCUAAUGGCUACCUUUGCGGUCUAUGUUUAAAUUACUGUGAUAUAUAUGGAAUACAACUAAGUGACGAACAAAAUAAAAAACUAACUGAACGCAAAAAUAAACGAAUGACUUACCCACAGGAUCCAAAUAUUGAUUACCUUCAACACAUAGAUUUUUUAAAUAGGAAUCUUCGAUUUAUGAAAAUUGAUGAUACUCAGGAUACAAAUUCCCAGCCUGCGCAAAAUAAUGAUAGUCAAACUCCUCAACAAAUUGUUCACAAUAUGAAUCAACAUACCCAUACACAAUCUAACAUUAAUCAUAUCAACGGUAUCAACGAUCAAAGCCCUCAACAAAUUGUUCACAAUAUGAAUCAACACCAGCAUGCACAAUCCAAUUUUAAUCAUAUCAACGGUCAAACCCAUCAACAAAUUGUUCACAAUUUGAAUCAACAUAUCCAGCAUGCACUAUCCAACUUUAAUUAA